AUGAGUAAUACCGAGUUAGGGACCAUCCCGUCGCCGCAGUCAGUGACAACACCUUCAGCGUUUGAGGGCUGUGAAAGAGAAUCACCACGGCUGCAGGAUGUAGAGGGCGAUGGCAGGCGAACAGAACAAGAGCUUGCACCCGUAGACGGAGGAUCUGCUGCUUGGAGGCUGCUCUGCGCUGCCUUUAUGUUUGAGACAUUAUUAUGGGGCUUCCCCCUUUCUUUUGGUGUCUUUCAAGAAUACUAUUCCAAAAUCCCAGAGUUUGCCAACAAUCGCUAUAUUUCCGUGGUGGGUACCAUAGCUUCUGGAUUCGGUUAUCUCGGAGCACCAGUCAUCAUGCCUUUUAUCCAGCGCUAUCAGCGCUGGCGGCGGCAUAUGGUUUGCGUCGGCUGGCCGAUUUGCAUUGCAGGACUCAUCUUAGGAUCCUUUGCAUCCACGUUAGAAGUGCUCAUCCUGACACAAGGUGUGGCUUAUGGUCUUGGAUUCCUCAUAUUCUACUACCCCAUACUCAGCAUGGUAAAUGAAUACUGGAUCGCCCGUCGUGGCAUGGCGUACGGUAUUCUUUGCGGUGCCUCCGGUGUCUCCGGGUGCAUUAUGCCCUUCGUGCUGCAAGCACUGUUGGCAAAGUACGGAUACAAAACGACCCUUCGCGCUAUGGCUGUGGCUCUCGCGUCACUCACGGGACCGUUAAUUCCUCUCUUGAAGGGUCGUUUGCCACCUUCAGAGCGAGCCACUAUUCCCAAAUUUAACUGGUCCUUUUUUCGGAGUCCUCUAUUCUGGGUCUACUCCGUAUCAAACCUACUGCAAGGAUUCGGGUACUUUUUCCCUUCUUUGUACCUACCCUCUUAUGCAUCGUCCCUAGGGCUCGGCGGCAAGACCGGUGCACUUCUCCUCGCGUUGAUGAGCGUUUUUCAAGUCGGCGGUCAGUUUAUCUUUGGUCUGCUGUCGGAUCACAAAGUACCACUUAACGUUUUGGCGUGCUUGUCAACCGUAGUUGCGGCAAUAGCUUGUCUGACUAUGUGGAGACUAGCUCAGUCGCUCUCAGUCUUGAUCGUCUUUGCCAUUGUGUAUGGGUUCUUUGGCGCAGGAUUUACGGCCAUCUGGGCGAGGAUGAGCAGUGCCAUAACCGACGAUGUGACAGCAGCACCGAUUGUUUUCAGCUUGCUUAACUUCGGGAAAGGUAUCGGAAACGUGCUUGCUGGACCGGUUGGUGGCCUUCUCGUUUCCAGCGGAAAGCCGAGUGCAGCUUCUGCGUCAUUGUCCUAUCGUUGGGUUAUCGUUUUUACCGGAGUGUGCAUGUUCGUGAGCGCUUGUACCAUCUGCUUGAGAUAUACAAAGUACCUUAGCACUUUCGCUGUUCGGUAA